AUGCAUGACUUCACCGCUCCAACACCAAGACACCUUGCUGCAUUACUCAAGGUUGUUGCAACGGAGAGCUUGCUUCACCAGCGAAGACAAUGCAUCCUGUUGUCCUCUGUCCUCGUUAGUUUCCCGGGCGCAGCACCUGCAACCGCCACAUCUUCGGGCCUGGUCCUUCCUCUGGAAUUCGAGAGGGGAGCCUUCCUCCUCAGCUUUCAGGUUGGAGAGUCUACUUUUCGAGGGGUUGCGGACACCGGCAGUCCCUUCCUGCUUGUGGCCGCUUGUGUGGGCUCUCGUCGGGCAACUGGCCGCUGCAAAGACUACUGCUCCCGAUACGGGUGCAGUCAGAAGGAUGUUGGGAGACCAUCAGGGCUGGAUGACAACAUCGUAUGCUUCGCUGGAGGGUAUGCAAGAGCUGUGUGGCGCUGUGGGGAUGUGAAGCUGGGCCAGCGUCUUUUUCCUGGCCGCACCUUUGGCGUACUUGGUGAGACGCAGAGUUUUGGUGGCAACGCCGGUGGGCCCAACUUCGGUCUCAUCAAGUUUGCCACUGCAGAAGAUACCGAGAUCCGACCGACUUUCCUCAGUCAGACGCCUUACGAAGCUCUAGUUUUCGACUUUACAGACAUGUCCAAUCCUGUGCUGGAGUUGACGGAUGGGUUGCCGCAGCAAGUGGAUCGGCAAAAUACGACCGAAGCCUUUCUCACCGACCUGAGGCCCUACGGCACGGGCGUAGAGUAUUAUGCCGUUGCCGUCGAGAAGCUGCUCGUGGAUGGAGUAGACAUCCUAGACGCUGUAAAGCCGACGGUUGCCAUUCUGGACACCGGGACCACUGGCCUGGUCUUGCCGAAGUCGCUGUUCUUGUCCUUUGACGAAGUUCGACGAGUCAGUGCUCAAACUGUGGGCAUCAAACGUGCAGGUAACGUAGAAGUUCGACUGACGCCGGUUCCAGGCAGCGAGAAUGGCGCAUCUCUGAAUCUGCGCCGAGGGCGCAUCGCCGGCUUGGAUGCAUCUCUUGACAUCGUAACUCCCCUGGCCGAAGAUGCUGGCAGUGUGUUUCUGAGGGCAGAGAUGCGAGAGAUGCAGGAAAAGCAGGCUUUCAACAACAACAAGAAGGUUGAAAGACCAGCUGUGAUCUUUCUGGGCUUGGGAUUCUUCGCCGGAUUGCGAAUGCGCAUUGACACAGUCGCUGGCAAGGUGACCUUCGCUUGA